CGUCUGUACAAUAGUAGCUGAACAUUCAUUCUCCUGCUUCCCCGGGCUCCUGUGGCUGCCACACAUGACUAAGGAGCAAAAACAAUCUAGUGAGUGACUCAUCCCUCCAGGGAAGGUGGGAUGGGAGCAGCAGGAGACAGCCAGCAUGGAAACGGCAUCCGUGGGGAGCUGGGCUGGGCUGCACCAAAGGCUUUGGUCAUCCUGCUUUGGAGCAGGAAUCUUUAAGAAAUCGGAGCAUUUUCUCAGCGAGGUGGUUGAGUUAAAACAUAAAAUCUGCUGGUUCUUGGCCCCUGGGUUCGUGUGGCUUCUCAGCUGGUCAGUGUCUCAGGAGGAUUCACCACGUGGAGGAACGAGGUGCUGCUGUGACCUGCCACCUCAGCGUUCCCCAGCUGCUCCUGUGUCGUGUCACGGUGUCCCCAACCCAUCCCCUGGGGUGCUGGGCAUUCCUGCAGCUCCCCAGGGCAGUGGGAGCUGGGUUUGAGUCUCCCUUUCCUUUCUCCUGCAGAUCAAUGAGCUCAGCAAUGUUCCCGUCCCCGUCAUGUUAAUGCCCGAUGACUUUAAAGCCUACAGUAAGAUUAAGGUGGACAAUCAUCUAUUCAACAAGGAGAACCUGCCGAGCCGUUUCAAGUUCAAGGAGUACUGUCCGCUGGUGUUCCGGAACCUGCGGGAGCGCUUCGGGAUCGACGACCAGGACUACCAGAACUCGGUGACGCGCAGCGCCCCGGUGAACAGCGACAGCCAGGGCCGCUGCGGCGCGCGCUUCCUCACCACCUACGACAGGAGGUUCGUCAUCAAGGCAGUGUCCAGCGAGGACGUGGCGGAGAUGCACAACAUCCUCAAGAAAUACCACCAGUUCAUUGUGGAGUGCCACGGCAACACGCUGCUGCCGCAGUUCCUGGGCAUGUACCGGCUGACCGUGGACGGCGUGGAGACCUACAUGGUGGUCACCAGGAACGUCUUCAGCCACAGGCUGACCGUGCACAGGAAGUAUGACCUGAAGGGCUCAACAGUAUCCAGGGAAGCAAGUGACAAGGAGAAGGCCAAGGAUCUCCCAACCUUCAAGGACAACGACUUCUUGAAUGAGGGUCAGAAGCUGCACGUUGGAGAAGACAGCAAAAAGAACUUCCUGGAGAAGCUGAAGCGGGAUGUGGAGUUUUUAGCCCAGCUGAAGAUCAUGGAUUACAGCCUGCUGGUGGGCAUCCACGACGUGGACCGGGCCGAGCAGGAGGAGAUGGAGGUGGAGGAGCGGGCAGAGGACGAGGAGUGCGAGAACGACGGGCUGGGGGGGAACCCCAUCUCCUCCUACGGGACCCCCCCCGACAGCCCCGGCAACCUCCUCAACUACCCCCGCUUCUUCGGGCCCGGGGAGUUCGACCCCUCCGUGGAUGUGUACGCCAUGAAGAGCCACGAGAGUGAGUGGGGGCGGCUGUGGGGGGCAGGGGAGGGAGGAUGGAGGGCAGGGAAGGUGUGGGGAGCUGUGGGAGAAGGAUAGAGGGCAGGGGAGCUU